UCUUGAAUGAUUUGUCAGUUUCUCGCUGAUAAAUACUUUCCUCCCAACCACCCGCCAUCCCUGAAUAAAAUGUCUCAGUGGCUACGUCCAUGCGUAUCUUCACUCAAACACUGACACGAUGACAUCAAGCCCCGUAGCAUAACCCCGUAGCAGGUUUGCAUACUAGAUUACAAAUUUUCGUCGAUAUUUACCCUGAAGAUCUACAUUUCCGUACACCUAAAUUAUGUGUUUUUUAAUGGUAUACCAAGAGCAGAAAGACUCUGUUUUCGGACUCAGUGUAUUCCCAUUGAAGUGAAAAUGAGAUUGUUGUACUGUUUUUUGGUUAAUCCAGCUCCCAGCAGACUGGUACUAUCAGACCUAGGCCUAUUAUCGAUACUAAGCGGCUUGGUUAUGGCAAAGUGCUCUCAUCUAACAGAAUGUCAUGGCAGGGGAUUAGUGAUCGUCUCAGCUUCCUUCGUCAUUCAUCUCCUCAUCACUGCUAUUACGCGAUGCACCGGGGUACUCUUUUCGUCCUUCCAAAACGAGUUCCUGAGCACCGCAGCGCAGACAGGCGCCAUCUCCAGCAUCAUGUCUGCAUCUUCGUUUUUCGGUAGUACCCUUGGUGGUGUGUUGGAGAAUCGCUUCGGGUGUCGCAUCACAGCGUUUAUCGGUGGUUUGCUCAACAUCGCGGGAAUGUUGGGUUGCGCUCUAACUAGAAACAUCUAUCAGAUGUACGUGACGGGCGCUCUGGCAGGACUUGGUAACGGGAUAUCUUAUGUAUCUGCUGUGGUUAUAGUCGCUCAGUAUUUCAAGAAGUAUUAUUCCAUAGCGGCGUCGUUCAUGACUACAGGAGACAGUGUAGGAAUUAUGAUGUUUGGUCCAUUGAUGCAUCUCUUACUGAGUACGUACGGUUGGCGAGGAACGUUGGUGGUAACUUGCGCCAUCACGGCCAACAUCUGCGUUGCAGGGGCAGUCUGCCGUCCCAAUAGGCAAUCAAGUUUGUACCGGGGUCGUAACUUCAGAGAUGGGUAUCGUUCCACGAAUGAGUCUGGCAAUGGUGAUGAGGAGCAAGAUUUGACGGUUCAAGCCAACGAAACACGAAGGGAUUCCUCAGAGAGAAGGGCUGAUACAUGGAAUUCAUUCCGCUUUGCCGGUAUUAUGUCCAGAAUAGCAGAGAUGCUUCGGCUGAACAUACUUUGGCAAAGUUAUCGUUUUUCCAUGUUUUGCUUCACACAAUGUGCCUACAUCAUCUCUCUUGGAUGUUACCUCAUUUAUUUGGUGCCUCGCGCAACGACGUCCGGUGUUCCUGACGAAAAGGCUGCCCUUCUCUUAAGCGUGAUUGGAAUUGGUGGGUUAGUGGGCCGCCCUUUCUGUGGAGUUAUCAACCGCAAGGUACCUUCGGUUAUUAUUUAUGAUGCGUCCAUCCUUACUGGAGGCUGUGCCGUCUUGAUGGCCCAGUUUGGCACAUACGGACACUUCGUGGCCUCAGCCGCUGUGUUUGGACUGGCAGUAGGUUUUCAACGUACCAUAUCACCUGUUCUGAUCCGUGAAUAUGUCGGCACAGAUAAUUUGGGAUCAGCGGUGGGACUGUACAGCGGGUUUGGAGGUGUUGCUGACUUAAUUGGCCCAAUUUUAGCAGGCGCCCUCUACGAUGCCAUCGAAAGCUAUUCUGUUUUGUUCUACUUUUUCGCGGGGAUUUUCUUCACUGGAUUUGUUGGCAUGCUUUUCACACCCCUCCUCAAGAGAAUUGAGCCCGGUGUCAGGACAAAGGGGAACGCAACAAAUAUCUAGAAGGGCACCACAGCAAUCACAGGAACCGUGCAUUUCAUCAAGACGCGAACGAACUGUAAGAAUUAAGUUUACACGCUUUAUACAGUGCGCAGUUUUACGUUUGGGUAAUGAAGGAUGGACUUCUUCUUCUUUCGAGAAUGUUUCUGUGGAACAAUGUACAUGUACGUCAACUUUUGUAAUCUUUUUUCUCUUGCUCAUUGCAUAUUUACAGAAGCAUAUCUAGGACAUGACUACAAAAAGUUUCACCCACUCUUUUGCUGGGGCGGAUUACUGUUCCGUCCGGGUGAAUACGGGCGAUUCACAACUGUUCGCCUCCAAACUUUUGCAACGCGAUGGCCAAUCACAAAGCACGAAAUCUGUCGACCCUUUCCAAACGGGUGGAGAGAUUUCGCGCG